AUGAGCCAGAAGUCCAAGUCUCCACGCUAUUCCAAUUCCCAAACAACGGCUCAUGGGUCGACAACAUUGCCCUUCGACGCGACGGUAGUCUCCUCUUUGACCCGACUGGAUGUCCCAGAAGUCUGGUCCGUGGAUACAGAUACUGGAAACGCCACACUCGUUCACUCUUUCCCGAAUGCAACCAGCUGUUUCGGCAUCAGUGAAAUCGAUGACGAUGUUUUUGCCGUGGUGGUGGGCAACUUCUCGACAACAACGUACCAACCCACUCCCGGGUCUUUUUCUGUUCAGAAGCUGGAUCUCCGAAGCGAUGGGACAAAUGAGCAACAGCGUGUUUUUGAACAAUCUGUCGCUGUGUCACAGAUCGCUGCGCUGCCGGAAGCCGAAGCAUUGAACGGGAUGACCACUUUCACCAAAGAGUCCCGACUGGUUCUUAUUGCAGACAGUCCUAAUGGUGUUGUGUGGAAGGUCAACAUCGACACAGGAGAUCGUUCAGUUGCGCUCAACGAUACGACAAUGCGACCGGCGGAGGGACAAGCCUUGCCUCUCGGAGUCAAUGGUCUGAAAGUGGUGGAUGGAUAUGUCUACUACUCCAGUACUACUCGUAUGGAGUUUUGUCGCGUCAAAGUCAAUGGAGAUGCUACCCCUGCUGGGGAUUAUCAAGUCAUCGCCAGUGGCUUCCUGCCUGAUAAUAUCGAGGUGACUGAGGAUGGCACUGCGUAUAUUGCGACAGACCCGCAGAACUCGGUCGUUCGAGUGACUCCAUAUGGUCAAAUCGCCUUGGUAGCUGGUGGUCAGCUUUCUACUCUGAUGCCUGGACCAACUUCGUGUCGCUUGGCAGCAGAUGGGAAGACCCUGUAUGUUGGUACAAGCGGUGGCCAAGUUGCCCCUGUUCUAGGUACAUUCAAGGAGCCCGGCAAGGUGGUCAAGAUCACUAUUGCGUGA